UUCCUUUUUCUCUCCAGGCAGAGCAAAGCUAUGUCAGCAGUCUGUUUGGGGUGGUGUAUUGUUUCACUCCCCGGAGAAAGAGUGAAUGCAAUCGCCUCUUUACUUUGUCUCUUUUUUUUUUGAAAAAUCAACAACAUUUUCUGUCAGCAUUGCAUAGUGAGGCCUACCAGGGUCAGCUCAGUUAUAACACACUAUUAGAAACAACAUAGUUGCUCAUUUUCAGACCUGAUUACACCUUUACACAGAGCCAAAAAUAAGGUUGUCCGUUAAUAAUUGUGAAAAUUAGCUGAAUCCUCAAAACAAUUUAAGGCCCAGAACUGGAACUAAAGUCAGGCUGCAAUCUGCUUGAUUUGCACUUUUGGCGCUUACUGUGCAGUUUUUAAUGUCUUUUUCCACUUAUUCUUCUUUCUCAGAUUUCUGAUUUUGUGCUGUUUUCACUUUUAUAAUUGUGUAAAUGUGUCUUUGACCUUUGUCUAUAAGUUUCAGUUCAGUCAGGAGAAUGAAUGAAGUAAAGAUAUGUGUAUGUGUAAGUCUUGGGCGAUUUUAGACUCUAGAAGGAGAUUUUUUUAUGAUCAAAGGGCGUCUGCCCUGAGUAGCAGCAAAAUAAAUCCCCCUAUGGCGUCUAGACACUGGUGGCGGUGGCUGAUGACUCUGCUGAAGCUGAUAGGCUGAUGAAAUAAUGAAGCUGAUGAAUCUGAGAAGACUGGGCAGUGAUGGAGAGGUGGAGAGGGCCGCGUGUAACAGCAGCAUGAAUUACCUGAAGGAGCUGUCCCCGUCAUCUCACCGGAUCUGACACUCACAUCUACUGAUCCACUGACCUGUCAGCAUGGAUAACGCAGACUCUGUCGGUCUGCGGGUCUUCUCUCUAAACUGCUGGGGGAUCCACUACCUUAGCAAACACUGUCCUCAGCGCUAUGACAUGAUUGGAGAUAUGUUGUGCAAGGAAGAACAUGAUAUCGUCUUACUGCAAGAGGUGUGGAGUGAGAAAGACUAUCUCUCCUUGAAACAGAAACUUGGCUGUAGUCAUCCUCACUCUCAUUACUUCAAAAGUGGAGUCAUAGGCAGUGGACUGGCCAUUUUCUCCAAACACAGAAUCCAUGACACGUUUCUUUAUCGCUACUCUCUGAAUGGUUAUCCUUACAUGGCUCACCAUGGAGACUGGUUUGGAGGGAAAGCUGUCGGGAUGGCUGUCUUAAAGAUUGGCAGCCUGACUGCAAUCGUCUAUGUUACUCAUCUGCAUGCAGAAUACUGCAGAGACAAGGAUUCUUAUCUGCCCCAUAGAGUGGUUCAGUCGUGGGAGCUGCAGCAGUUCAUUCGCCACACCUCUGCUGGAGCAGAUGUGGUGAUUUUAGGUGGUGACCUCAACAUGCACCCUCAGGACCUCGGUAACAGACUAUUGAGAACUUCCACUGGACUCCGAGACUCUUAUUUAGAGACUGCUAAAUUUGAUGGGUGUGAGGACGGUAUGACUCUAAUAGCCGACAACCCUUUUAUUAGUAAAAAGGACCUUGCUCCCUUUGAAAAGGGAAUUCGCAUCGACUACAUCAUGUUCAAGGGUUCAUCCAAAGUAGCCAUUUAUUGCGAUUUGAUGUCCACCACCACAGGCUCCGUCCCUGAACAUCCAUUCCCAUACUCCGACCAUGAAGCUCUGACGGCUGAACUUAGGCUGGAGACACACGCUCCAACUGAAACCGAAAGUGACAGGAAAUCGGGAAAUCCGGCCUCUGCUGCAGGGAAGGUGGCUGAGUUGGUAGACAUUGUGACAGAGGCUCGCACUGAAGUCAAGGUGGGUCUGCACUGUGCUGAGAGGAUGCGCUACACAGCAACACGCACCGGAGUGAUGGGGUUGGCUCUGCUCUUUCUGGAGCUGGCCAUCGCUGCUGUGCCCUGGUUGGCCCUGGGAGCUGAACAACCUUUCCCUCGUACCUCCUUCUACAUGCUGGCUGCGUUGUGCUUCGCCAUCCUGCUGACCACCUUUCUGCUGUACAUCUUCUAUACCAUGGAGCUGAAAUCUCUGCAGGGGGCUGAAGACCAGAUGAGGCUGGCUGUAGGUAGUCUGCAAGAGAAGCUCAGGGGCUUUCCUUUGGCUCAGCCCCACAACACCCAGCGGAGGCCCCCAGAGGGUCUUGAGCCCAGUGCCUUUGACCCAGAGGAAUAAAGCCGGAGCCAACUGGGUCAAAGUGGGCACACUGAGAGAAGCCUUUUGAAGUUAGCUUUAAGAUGGAUGUUUGAAGGAGUCGUUUAUGCUCUGAAUGUGUUUUGUGCUCUUGAGAUUUAGAUUUGUAUUGCAGACUGAUGGAGUUUUUGAAAGUAGUGCAGGACACAUGCUUUGACAUUUUUAUACUUUUUAUAUAAUCGUCUUUAGCCUUUUUUACCCCUAGAUUUCCCUCUAUGCACUUCAACAAACACACUUCCUAUUACAUAGUAUGAUACUUCUGUGCUACUGCUGUUCUUAAAGGCCAGAAACGUGACCAUUUGUGUUAUUCAAGCCUGAGGUCCGACUUGCAUUCCACCCACCAGUAGUUUCAGCGGGACCAGUUGUUUCUGUUUUUAAUUCCAUGCUUCCCAUUUGGAGAGUCAACCACACAGUCGCAGUGGGUCCAGACCAUUUGCUGACUUACUUAGAGAAAGUAGUCCUUUCUGUAAGUAAAUCUUCUGUGCAUCGUGAUCUCCACUGCACAGAAGACACAGACACUCCGAAGGUUGUAGGUUUACAUUUUAGUCAGUAACAUUUUUUCUAUGGAGGACAGAUCGCUGAGAGCUUUUAGUAGCACUUAAAGAUCCUCACACACCAGUUAAAGCUUUUCAGUGUAGCAUACUGUAGUAAAAGGCAUAGGCUCUGCAUGUCUCAGCUAUAUUGUUCACUGUCUUGCACUUGAAAGUAUCUUAUUGUUAGAGACAAUCUACACUCCUCUUUCCCAAAAUAUACCAGUGGGAAUGUGCUGAAGAUAUUCUGUCAUAUAUAUAUAUAUAUAUAUAUAUAUAUAUACACUCUUAACUUGGACCUAUUUUUUUGUUUAAUAUGUCUUUAGUGUGCAGUGCACUGACUUGACUAAACAGAUAAACCACUUCCUUUUAUGUAUGCUAGAGAAUGAAUUAAUGUCCCAUAUCUCUAUUGAACAGUGUAAUGACUUAGCAAGCAAGAGCCAGAAUGAUGACAGAUCAUUUUUAAAAUGUAUUCUUAACUUUCAUCUCAAUGUUGGUAGUUCCUAAUUUUAUAAAGGUCAUAUAGUUUCAGGUAAUACCUGAUGUUCAUUCCAAUUGAAAAUUGUGACAGGCAUGAUUAUGACAGCAAUAAUAAAGACUUUAUUCUCA